UUACACGGUGCGCUUUGAGGAUGUCACCUCCUCCGAGACGAAGCUGAAGUUCAUGACCGAUGGCAUGCUGCUGCGUGAGGCCAUCGGAGACCCCCUGCUGCUGCGCUACACGGUGGUGGUGCUGGACGAAGCUCACGAGCGCACCGUGCACACUGACGUGCUGUUUGGCGUGGUUAAGACCGCUCAACGUAGGCGCAGAGAACUCAACAAGAUCCCGCUGAAGGUCAUCGUGAUGUCAGCCACCAUGGACGUGGAUUUGUUCUCCGAGUACUUCAACAAGUCGCCCGUCCUGUACCUGGAGGGCAGACAGCAUCCCAUCCAGAUCUACUACACCAAGCAGCCGCAGUCAGACUACCUGCAGGCUGCGCUCGUCUCCGUCUUCCAGAUCCAUCAGGAGGCGCCUCCGUCACAUGAUAUCUUAGUGUUCAUGACGGGUCAGGAGGAGAUCGAGGCUCUGGCUCGGACGUGCAGGGACAUCGCCAAGCAUCUGCCCGACGGCUGCGGCCCCAUGGUGGUCAUCCCUCUGUACGCCUCGCUGCCCCCGGCGCAGCAGCUCAGGGUCUUCCAGCCGGCUCCCAAGGGAUGCAGGAAGGUCAUCCUCUCGACAAACAUCGCCGAGACGUCCGUCACGAUCUCUGGGAUCAAAUUCGUCAUCGACACGGGGAUGGUGAAGGCCAAACGCUUCAAUCCCGACAGCGGGCUGGAGGUGCUGGCGGUGCAGCGGGUCUCCAAAGCUCAGGCGUGGCAGCGAGCGGGUCGGGCCGGCAGGGAGGACUCGGGCUCCUGCUACCGCCUCUACACGGAGCAGGAGUUUGACAACCUCGUCCCCAUGACUGUCCCCGAGAUCCAGAGGUGUAACUUGGCCGGCGUGAUGCUGCAGCUCAUGGCUCUGGGGAUUCCAGAUGUGAUGAAUUUUGAUUUCAUGUCCAAACCGUCUCCAG